GAGCUUGGCAGCACGUUCAAAGCCUUGCCAUGCCUGAUUCCCAUCAAAAUGUAAAAUGCCGAUAUUCCUGUUAGUCUCACCCAAGAUCAAGCAUCUGAUUUACUAGACAUCGCCGACACAAGGUUUAAAAUUCGACGAGAGCAGCACAUGUUGAGCCGGGACAGUGAAGAAGACCUCUCUGUCCUUGAUGUGCCGUUGGCUCCGACAGGAGACGGCAAUGAGUUCCGCACACAAAACACGUCCUCAGAAAAUUGGGAGCAACGAAACGCCGUUGAGAGAACCCAGGAUGCAGUUCACGUUUAUUGCGACUUGACGGACGUCAGGCACGACACUCCUGAUGUGGCGGCGGAUCCAUAGCUUGCAACACUUGCCGUAUUCCGCUUUCGCUUCGAUCCUCAAAAGAAAUCAAGACGGGUUCAUAAGGCGAUGGUAAAUAUUGAGUAUGUUCCUACCAAAGCUGGCCAGGAUCCGCCAGAGGUGGUGAGCAUCGCCCCCGACGAGCGCUGGAGCCUGGUGACAACAAUAGAUCACGAAGAAAUUGUCAAGGAGAGCGAGCUGAGCCUCGGUGGGUCCGCGGCGUCAGUACUCACGGCGACGGGGUGCCUGAAGAUGCAGAAAACAUCAACGCGCGACGUCAGCGACGCGACGACGGUGACAGGUACAACGAAUCUUGGCACAGGGCGCAACUCGGGGCUGGAGACUGUUGCCCGUCGGCGGCUGCUAGAAAACGCCAGACACAAGACGGGGGUGCCCGAUUCGGUGCGUGUUGCAGUGCUCGUCCGGCGCGAGACAGACGAUCCCUUCAACGCCAUGGUGACGAUUGAGGCCGAGGCGGACAUGGCCACAAAUUUUGGCAGUUUAUUCAGGAAAGUGCCACUGGAAAAUCCGGUUCUCUUCAAUCCCAAGGCCGAGCGGAAGGGGUCGAAGAAAAACGAAGGUCAAUCCCGUGGCGUCGAGAACCUUGGUGCGGAACCAUUGUACUCCUACUGCAAAGCGCGGGUGGUUGGUCGCCGCGUCUGUUUUGAGGACUUGAUUUAGCAAUAGCAAGCAGCCGUGAUGCAGAUACAACAAGUAUAUGCCAAUUGACUGGGAGGGUGUUUCAUAUCAACCCAAUCAAGGCAGUUUGUAGUAUUGUCGCUGGACAUAUCAUUGAUUUCAAUGGGUGGAUGAUGCGCGUCGGUACAGAAUCUGUCUUUGUUGCAGAAUGAACGCACCAUCACUGUACUUACUGUACGUAUCCCCCACUUGCC